AUUACUGUCCUAAUCAAAUUAGUCCCUAACAAAUUAAACUAAUCACGCGAUAAGCACAAGCUUAACUUGCAGAUGCAUCCGAUCGGCACACGCGUCACUUAACCAGAGCGAGUUUCACCCACUGUAUAUUCGCAAGUCGCAAGUGAGGACAAAAUAUCCAGAGAAAAGGAAAAGCCUUUUUUUUAUUUUCCCUCCGUUUUUGAAAUUCAAAAUCCAAAAGGGGGCUCUCAAUAGAGGGACUCCUCAGCCCACCAAUAAUAAUUUUGCCAUCUCUUUAUAUUUCUGAAUUUCAGAAAGCUUAGCUAGGGUUUUCACUUUCAUGGUGAUUGACGGAUAAACUCGAAGAGAAACUCCGUCUCUAUCUAUCAAUCAAAUCAAAUCAAAUCAAAUCAAUUGUGCUGGUAAUCGGAGAAUGAGAUAAUAAUCUGAGAAAUAUGUUAUGGUCUAGGUUACCUUUCGAAGAGAUCAACAAUACGAAUAAUAAUCGGGAUAUCCUUGGAGUGUUUAGAGUGCUGGUUGUCGCUGCCAUGGGAUGUCUCUUUGGAUGUUUCCGUAUCAGAGAUGGAUCUCUUCCUCGUGCUCCUCAUUGUGUUGAUUCCAAAUCUCAUCUAGUUUCCCAGUCGAUAGCUCCUAAGGAACCUGUGGCGUUUCGCAAUAGGAGUCCAUUAUCUUCACUUUUCAACUCUGAAGAAAAAGGCGAGGAUGAUGAUUUGCAUGAAACAGAAAGGGCUAAUCAAGAUGGAGGAACACCUAAGUCUGAGCUGGUCUCGACAGAGCUCAGGGAUCAGGCCAAGUUUCUUAAAACUUGUGGAACUUUACCUGAGACUCCUGCUGAAAUUCGAAAAGGCUUGGCUAAAUGCAAAGAUCUAUCAGCUUCAAAAGGAGAUGAACCUUUAAAAUUCAAGUCUUGGCUCUCUGAUGUUGCUGUUGAAAAGCUCAACCUGGAUUUGCUACCUGAUCACCCUAUUACACCUAUUAAAAGCAAUGGACGGGAAAAACAAUCUGGUUCCUUGGCUCAUACAUCUAGCAGUUGCACGGCGGAUGGACAAAGUGAUGUAAGUUUGCCGAAGAAUUCUAUUCAUGGUAGUGGGUAUCCUCAAACCCCGACAUCCAUUGAGGUUAGUUCUAAUCAAGCUCAUAGAGACGCAGCUUCUGAAGUUUCUCCAGCCUCUGCUCCCAGUGCCCAGUACACGAACAAAAUUGUUCGCUUUGAUUGUAAGUCUGAUCUGUCUGCAGUCUCAUCCAAAAGUACUUCAUCUGCAUCUGACAGUGAAAAGUCAAAGCAGGCCGAGUUUUCUGGCAAUUACUAUGCAUUGAAGAAUUCUCCCUACCCAACCCCACUAAAACUAAGUGAUGAAAUGCAAACACCAGGAACUGUUUUUCCAACAUAUUUAGACAACAUUGCAAAAGGAAAAACUGCUCGGAUCAGGUCUCAAUAUGUUUAUCCAGUUUUAAACCCGGUGGAUAGAGCAUCACAGCUGAAGGAGUUGUCUGAUGAAGAUUCUAAUUCCAAAUUAUGGUCCAGUAACAUGACAGAAUCUGGUGAACUGCCAAAUGAAGCAAGCUUUUCAUCUGAACUGGGAAUGUUUGCAUCAAGAGAAGCUUCAGCUGAUAAAGAUUCAAAAGUAGAAGCCAGCUUGUCUUCGCGGCUGAAACCAUCUUCAAUCAAUCAAAAUGAGGGUAAGCAGCACAAUAGUUCUGUUUACAGUAACCAUGUUCAUUAUGGCAGAACACCUGGAGAUAGGCCUAUACUUGGACUGGUUGCUGCUCACUGGAAAGAAGAUGAAAAUUCUCAGAUAUCUCCUAAAUGGUGGGAUGGAAACGGGAUUCCUAACUCAACUAACAAGUAUAAGGAGGAUCAGAAAGUAAGUUGGCAUGCAACACCAUUUGAAGAGAGACUAGAGAAGGCAUUAUCACAAGAAUCUACCAUUCCACAAAGGAAGCAGAUCAGUGGGACAACACCAUUUGCCUUUAAUAACAUGGAGGAAUCAGAUACUGCUCUCUCUCAAGUGCACUAAUAGUCUCAGCUAAAACUGAUUUUGCUUUCAUCAAUUAGCACAUAUUUGAAGUUUAUCCUGGAAUUUUGUUUCAUUUAAGCUGAGAUGCUGCACAAUCUCAAUGUAUAACCAGACAAUCAAGUGUGUGCGCUUCAUUUCUGAUGAAGGCUCCAGAUAAACCAAGGUUUCUGAGUGUAAUGUCAUUGAUGUAUUUGUGGUCAUAGAAGUCAUAGAAACUUCACUAGGUGGCAUUUUUAAUAUGAAAACUCGCUCAUUAAUUGAGUUCGGAUAUUGGUGAUA